GUAGAUUGUUUUAUUAGGAUUAAAAGUGCCAUUUUUUGCGACGAGCAAAUUUUGCAUUUGCGAGGCGGAGCGAAGCGAAGCCGAGCGGAUGCAAAAUUGCGAGUCAAAAACUGACUUUUAAUCCGAAUGAAACAUACUACUUUUUCGCCAGCCAAAAAGUAAAUCUCAAAAAUACAAAAUAUUGAUAACAAUAAUAUCGAGCAGAAAUGAAUCAAUCUGCAAAGUAGUCUGGUAUCCACGUCGUCAAGGCUUUUUUUGUUUGCUUACAUACCAUUGUUUUGUGAAAACGUUUGCAGUGUUAAUAAUGAAUCCUGAAGAAGAGUUACCUCCCGAUGUGCUAGAAGAAGCACAAAACGUGGUACUGAACUUGUUACCAACAAAAUCGCGCGAAGUGUAUGAGUGCGCGUAUACCCGCUUCAUCAAAUGGUGCGAAGGGAAAAAGAUUCAAACUUAUUCUGAGAACGUCCUAUUGGUAUAUUUUUCCGAAUUGGCUACAAAAAUGAAGUCAUCCACACUGUGGUCGCAGUAUUCCAUGGUGAAAGCAACUUUAAAUAUAAAAAAUGGCAUAGAAAUCGGAAAGUAUUCAAAAUUAAAAGCGUUUAUAAAGAAACAAGGAGAAGGAUACGUUCCAAAGAAAUCAAGGGUUUUAACUAAUGAACAAAUAGAAGUUUUCUUAGACACGGCUCCGGAUUUCAAAUUCCUGAUGAUGAAAAUUGUUGUAAUCUUUGGCGUUAGCGGAGCUUGUCGGUGUCACGAACUAUUACAAAUAAAAACUGAAGAUAUUGAAAAUAUUAAAGCAGGUUUAUUGGUAAAAAUUCCUGAUACCAAAACGAAAAAACCCAGAUCAUUUACGGUUAUGGGGGAAAAGUAUUUGAAAUUUUACGAAAAGUAUGUUGCGCUUCGUCCAAAAAUGUUUAAUGAAGGUCGGUUUUUUAUUAAAUAUGUCGACGGAAUGUGCCAUCGACAAGUAGUUGGCAUUCAUAAAAUUAGUGGUGUACCCCAAGAAGUAGCCAAAUAUUUAAAGCUAGAAAACUUUAAAGAAUACAGCGGACAUUGCCUACGUCGGACUUCUGCCACGCUUUUUGUGGAUUCUGGCGGUGAUAUUACGUCCCUCAAGAGGCACGGUGGGUGGAAAUCUGACAGUGUAGCCGAAGGUUACAUAGAAGAGUCUCUUAAACACAAAAAAGAUGUAGCAAAAAAAAUUUUUCGUUUGGAAGAACCAGGUACAAGUAGUGAAACCACAAGUAAAAUACAUGAAGACGCAACGAAUAGGAAUGUGAGCGAAGUAAACCUAGAAGAAUCAGGUACAAGUAGUGGAACUACGAAUAGAAUGAUCACACGUGAAGACGGAAUAAGUAGGAAUGUGGGAGCAGUAAACCUGAAUUUUGACACUGUGACCAACCAGACAGCAGGAGCGGUAGAAGUGUUAGCGCAAAAUAUUAUUACUGACCGCAUGAAAAAUGAUAAUAGUGACGGAAAAUCUUUAAUCCAAAUCAAUCGCAGUUGUUCUUAUUGUACAUUCAAUAUUAAUUUUAAAAUUUAAAUAAUUAAUAACAAUGUAAGUUAAUAAUAAAAUUGGAAAAUAUUAA